AUGUUGCGGUUUACCGGAUUGCCGUUUAUGGAUUGCGUACUUACUGGAAAGAAUAAGAUGCCUACAAUUCUGGAAACGACUGUGUCUUCAUUGAGCAUAAUGGGUAUCUUCUUCGUAAUAGUUAUGGAAUUCCGAACAUUGGUAUCGAUAUGGCAAGAAGACACGAUGUACGCGCUAAGCACUGUGCCCACGAUAUUGUCCGUCACACUCUCCUUAUCGAAGGGAGUUAGAUUCGUUCAAAAGCGCCUGGAACUGAAGAAUCUCCUUCAAAAGAUGGCAUUGCUCUGGGAGACUUCAUUUCACCCGAACAUGCACAUAACUACCGUUGAUGAGAUGCUCGAUAAAUUAACCAUCAUUAGAAAUAUUUAUUUCGUCGUAAUUGUCGGCGGCGUCGUUUUUUACAGUUUACCUGUCUAUGCAGAUAUUGGUCUUCAAUAUUUCUUCACGAAGAACGAGAACAAUUCUUACAACUACACCCAGAUGAUAUUUCCGAUAGUAUAUCCGUUUACCCUGAGGACUGCGUUUCCCUAUUUUGCUGUCAUUGCCGUGGAACAGAUCUUGGUGAUCAUUGCAAUAACAAUGUGGGCAUCCUGUGAUACAUUAUUUGCACAUGUUGUCACGUAUGCUGCCAUCCAUUUUCGGGUUUUGCGACACGAGCUUGAGAAUAUUUUCAACAGCGAGUAUCCAGCCCGGCCUGACGACAUAAUUAACCUGAAGAUCGCAGUUAUCGCCAAACGUCACUUGGAACUAUUCAGCUUGUGUAACGCGAUCGAGGACAUAUUCAGUCCUUUGGUGAUGUUGUCCAUGUUGCUUUCCGCUUCCAAUAUGUGUAUCACCAUGUAUGAGAUGGAGAAGAUGCUUUCCAUGAACAAUUACGUAGAAUUAGCAACGAAUCUGAUACACCUGUGCGCUCUGUUCCUAAUGGUCUUGACAUUCUGCGGUUUCGCAACAAUGCUGAGUGAUCAGACGGAGGGAGUCAGUUUGGGUGCUUAUGGUUCAAACUGGUUCACUUGCGAUCCCGUAAUGAAGAUUCUCCUUAUCUUCAUAAUGAUGAGGGCCCAGAAACCCUUCCAUUGUACGGCUUAUGGCUUUUUCCCUAUCAGCCUGAACCAAGUUACUGCGAUCUUCAGCUCGGCGUUGUCUUACUUUUCGAUACUACGAACGAUGACGUGA